AUGACUGGGUCACAAAAAUUGCCUCUGCUCUUUAUUGGAAAAUAUCUGAAACCAAGGUGUUUCAAAAAUGUUCAGAAGAUUCCUGCUGCAUAUUAUGCUAAUAAUAAGGCCUGGAUGACUGGCAAUAUCUACGAAAAAUGGUUGAGAGAUUUAGAUAACUGUUUUUCAGCAGAGAAGCGCAAAGUUCUCCUAAUCAUGGACAAUUGUACUGCACACAUGGAAGUCACUGGGCUUCAGGCAAUCCGUGUGGAAUAUCUCCUACCAAAUGCAACUGCAGUUUUACAGCCAGUGGAUCAGGGGAUAAUCAAAAGUUUCAAGCGAAAAUAUAAGACAGUGCUUUUGCAAAGAGUAAUCCUUGGCUUGGAAAGGGAACAACCUUAUCAGAUUGAUAUUCUUGGUGCAAUGCAUUUAUCAAUCAGUGCAUGGAAUGAUGUUUUAGAUGAAACAAUUUCUAAAACCUUUCGACAUGCAGGUUUUAUUAAAGAAACAGACGUAACUGAAGAAAUCCAUGCCAAUAGAUCUCACGACGAAGAUGAGGUUCUCAUGCAUGAACUUCGCCGUAGAAAUCCACAGUUGCCAGAACUUUCAUUCGAGGAUUUUUUAAAUGUGGAUUGUAAUGUCAUCUGCACGGAGGAAAUAUCGAAUCACGAUAUUAUUAGCAGCAUAAUCAACGAGGAUGAGAGACUUUCAGAUCCAGAAGAAGAAGAAGUAACACCAAGACCGACUUUAAAACAAGCUGCUGAAUACUUGUCAGAACUUAGACGAAUUUUUGAGGCCAGUGAUAAUUGUGAAAUGCUAACAAAUAUAGAGAAGAGGGAGUCUUGCAUUGUACAAUCUGUUGUUUUAAAACAGACAAAGAUAAGUGAUUAUUUUGUUGCUCAAUGA